CGUGUGCUACCAAACUAGAUGACAAUCUCAAUGGAUUCUAGUUUGUAUAGAGCUGCACAAGAGGGCAAUCUUAAUGCCCUAAGAGAAACGAUGGAACUUAUCGGCACCACUAAAUUGACGCCAAAAAAGAAUACUUUACUUCAUGUUGUUGCCCAGUGCAACAACUCCGGCGAAUGCGCUUUAGUAAUCCUCGGGAAAAAUGAAUCCUUACUCUAUGAAGUGAAUUCAGAUGGUGAGAACGCGCUCCACAUUGCCACAAGAAAUGGCAAGAUGAAUGUCGGGAAACCGAUGAUGGAAAUUGCAGAGAGAUUAGAUGGAGAGCUUGAAGCUGGAGGCGAAGCACUGAAAAAGCUGCUAACAUGGAAAAAUGGAAAUGGGGACACUGCACUGCAUGAAGCUAUAAAGAAUAAUCAGCCAGAUAUGGUCUGUUUGUUGAUACAAAAAGACCCCGAAAUUGCAAAUAUAGCGAAUAAUGCACUGGAAACCCCACAUUUUCUUGAAGUCGGUAGCAUCCCGGGUGGUCAGAAUCGCGUUUUAUAUUGGUAACUCAAAAUGGAAAAUUGCCCCUCACCGGUUUACACUGGGCCGGAAGGGAGAACUGCUUUGCAUGCUGUGGCUUCAUAUAAUUGGAAAGGAAUCUCAGAAAAGUUGUUGA